GCGAGGUUGAAGCAGUAUAAGAACUAUGAGAACCUCUCCCGUUCGCGUGAAGCUCUUGAAAAGGAUUGUAAGGAAGUAGAAAAAGGACACAGCUUCUAUGACUUCCAGUUCAAUACAAGGCUCGUCAAAUCAACUAUUGUGCACUUUCAGGUACAUAAAUUCUUAAAUCAUUUUCUUGCUCGGGUGAAUCGUGUUUUAACUUUUGAUCAAGAAAUCCCUUGACUGGUCUGCUUCCCUGUAGUUUUUUGUGCUUUGAUUUAGUCCCUGUUGUCUCAUUUUGCAUAAUUCAAUUAAACAUGAGGCUGCCUUCUCAUUCUGGCCUUUAAUUUUAUUUUUUCCUUUUCAUCUUUUAGGUGAGGUCUUUAGUUGUUUGUUAUUUUACAUUAGAAUUAUGUUUACUCUAAAUUUAUGAAUUUAGAGUUAACAAUAAGAAUUGGUUAUUUAUAAUCUUGUCAAUGUGUGAGCCUUCGGUCGAUGAACCCUGCCACCUUGCCAUGCAAUAACUAUACUUCGCAGGUGCACUGCUCCUCUAAUGUUAUGGAUAUUUUGAUCUAAAUUGUUAGGCUUUUAGUUUCCUCUCUCAUUCUUCAGAGGUAUGGAGUUUGUAUCUUCAUUGAAGAAUUUAGUGAGAGUGAUGCUUGAUAUGGAAUUUUACUUAAACAUUGACUGUGUGUGUCUCUAACACAUGCUUGGACAGCUUUCCGGAAUAAUAUGUCACCACGGACAAUAUGUUUUGAGAUGAUCCUCCUCAUGGCCUCCAAGCUGGUGAAUUUUCAUCUGAUAUAAAUUUAGCGUCACCUUAUUAUUUCUUGAUGCAGUUUUAUUUUUCUUCCUCUCUUCAGAAAACCCAAACAUAUGCCUAAUUUGGCUUAUGCCGGUUUCAUUUGUUGCUUCCAGUAAUGAUAUUUCACUACAUGUAGAAGCAACAAGAUUUGCAUAGGAACCGUUUUUCUGAUAUUCUGCAUUAGUAUUUAACUCAUUUUUUCAGUAAGCAGAUUUGGUUGUGCCAGGAUCGAUGUUUUGAACUGAGAGCUAUAUUCACAAUAUCCUUUUUGUGCAGAUUAUAAACAUUUAAAGAAGUGUCUCAUGAAACUUUGUAAUAGUAGGAGGUCCUAGUUUGGAGCUUCACUUUUGAAUAUUUCUUAUGAACCAACUGAAUGUAUUUUGAGGACAGGGUUUUGAUAUGGAAGCUCAGGGGUGAAUUUGGCUUUUGCUGGAUUUGUAGUUCCUUGCUAACACAAAAUAUUGUUUCGACUUUUGAGUCGAAGUUACAUGUUAUGUUCCAUUCUACUAGUGUGACAAACUUAGGUUUGCAGUGUCAGACAGUAAAGUUGAGGCAGAUGGUUGAAAUUUCCAAACUUCCAUUUCCAUUUUUUGGUCCCUCUAGAGAAUAAUGUAUCACUUGAUUUUAUUUCUGAUCAUCCGCCGCGGUCCUGCAUUUGCAGUUGGUUGUUAACUAGCUGUGUUGCCUGUUCAGCACAGUUCAUACCUUCCUAUUCAGAGCCCAUUGAUCAUUGCAUACCUUUCUCUUCUAUUGUUUUAGAAGAUAUUGAGUUGUUGAGCAUUUUUUCUAGUCAUUAUAUGAAGUGGUUAAGUUUUAAUUCUUGCUGUGAGUGAUGUUUGUUAGAAUUGUAUUCUUCAAAAAUUAACCCAUAUCAUGUAUGCAUUGCUAUUGUAUCUAUCUUUCAGCAUUAGAAGCAGGAUUGCAGUUAUUGUGCGAGCAGCUGGCGCAAGCUUUCCAUAUGUUGAGGAAUCUCUUGUGGUCGACAUCAAAACAUGAUGUGUAUCUCAUGCAAAAUCAUUCUGUGAUGCACUGGUCCUCACUUCUCAGGAGGGGAAAAGAAGUGCUAAAUGUUGCUAGGCCAUUGGUGCCCACUAUGAAGUAUCCUGGAUCAGAGGCUCAAACACUCACCCGAGUGCAGAUUAGCAAUAUGGCUGUUAGGGAUGGUUUGAUGGCUGCUGGUGGUUUCCAAGGGGAGCUUAUCUGUAAGUAUUUAAACCAACCUGGAGUGGCAUUUGCUAAAAAAAUAAGUAACGAAGAGAAUGCUAUAACUAAUGCCGUGGAUAUUUGUUAUGGUCCAACUGGCUCGAUGAGGAUAAUGACUGCUAAUAAUGAUCAGCAAGUCAGGUUUUUUGAUGUGAACAGUUUUGCUUGCACCAAUUGUUACACAUUUCCUUGGUCUGUUAACAACACCUCUGUUAGCCCCGAUGGUAAAUUACUUGCUGUCCUUGGUGAUAGUCCAGAAUGUCUACUUGCUGAUGCUCAAAGUGGGAAGGUUGUCUGCGACCUAAAAGGUCACCUAGAUUAUUCAUUUGCAUCAGCUUGGCACCCGGACGGAAGAAUUUUGGCAACUGGUAACCAAGACACAACUUGCAGGCUGUGGGAUAUAAGGAACACAUCGCAGUCCAUAGCAGUGCUCAAAGGAAGGAUGGGUGCCAUCCGUGCAAUCAAGUUCACAUCGGAUGGGCGCUUCAUGGCCAUGGCGGAGCCAGCUGAUUUUGUCCACAUAUUCGACACACAAUCCGAUUAUGAUGUCUGUCAAGAAAUUGAUUUGUUUGGUGAGAUUGCUGGGAUAUCCUUCAGUCCUGAUACUGAAGCUCUCUUUAUUGGAGUGGCAGACCGAACCUAUGGUAGCGUGUUGGAGUUCAACCGUAAACGCUACCGCGGCUACCUUGAUUAUGCUUUGUAGUAAAAAGGUACUUGCCCGUGUCUCUUUAGUUUGGGCAUCUGCUUGUUUGGUAUAUAGUUUUGUGUAUAGUAUGAGGAAAAUUCGGGGUAGACACAAUGGCUUUCAUAUGGUAAUGGUCUGAAGGCAUACACCUGUAUGAUUUGGAGAACUUGUGUGGUGAUCGGUAAAGAGCUAGCAGGAUGACGGCCCAGUGGCUCAUGGCCAUGUAAAGGCUGUUUCUGCAGAAGUAUAUUGUCCAAGGGUGUGCAGAAACAGAAAGAUUUAGCAGUAGUAAACAGUGCAUUUUGUAUAUCAGAACGAAUUAUGUGGUCAUGUCGUUUUUGGUAAUGACCAAUUUUAUCACAAUUCAAUAUGUUCCGUUUUUA